CUCAUGAUCUUCUUCUAUUAUAACAAAUCUCUUCCUCUGUUUCUGCUUUCGUGUCUGAUUUACAGAAAAAAAUGCUCACUUCUUCUCUUUGUUAGUUCGAUCUGAUUGUUUUCCUUUCCAAAAUUUCAGCCAUAGUUUCGUCUUACGGUUUUGUUUGAUUGCUCUGCUUCUGAAUUUUUGGGUGUCUUAAGAAGAUUGAUGUGAUAAUGGGAGCAGCUGAAGCAAGAGCACUCUGGCAAAGAAGAGCAAGUCGUUGUUUUCUUGUUCAUGAAGAUCCUACAAUGCCUCCCAAGUUAGCUUGCUGCCACCAUCAACAACAACAACAACAACAUUCUUCUUCUUCUUCUUCGGCCAAGAACAGCUUUUCUUCCACAAGUUUUGGAGAUUCCUCUGAUUUCUCUUCUGAUACCAAAUGGUGGCUUAAGGGAUCAGCUAAUUUUGAUGAAGAGAUUGCAAACUCUUUCCUCCAUGAUACCAAAUUGCAACAACUCGUCGACUUAACCGGGAUAAGUAAAGAAAAAGAAGAAGAAGAAUAUGGCUUUGUUAGCAAGAAAGAUAUAGCUACAACACCAUGGUGGAGAAGCACUACGGAUCAAGAUGAACUAGCUCUAUUGGUCGCCACUAGAUCACUUGAUCAUCAUAAUAUUCAAAACUGCGAUCUUCCUCCACCCCAGAAGCUCCACAAGAGCAUUCACUGCACUAGUGGCGACAAAGGGUUUCAGACAGCAGUUAAAUCACAACCAUGGAAACAAGGUCGGUUUGAGAGAUCUUUGAGUUACAGCAGCAGUAAUAGCACAGAUAGUCCAAAGUCUUCUCCUAAGAGCGAUGAUCUAAGCAAAGGCCAGCUUUUAGAAGCGCUAAGGCAUUCUCAAACCAGAGCAAGAGAAGCAGAGAAAGCUGCCAAAGAAGCUUGCGCUGAGAAAGACCGUCUGGUAACUAUCUUGAUGAGGCAAGCGAGUCAGAUUUUAGCUUACAAGCAAUGGAUAAAGCUUCUUGAGAUGGAAUCUCUCUAUCUGCAGGUGAAAGAGGAAGAAGAACAAGGGCAGGUCGAAGGAAUAAAUCUGAAGAAGAGGAAGCAAAGAGGGAAGAAGAAGGGUGAGAUUGGGAGAUAUGUGAUGGCUUUUGCGUUGGGGUUUAGUCUCAUUGGUGCUGGUCUGCUCUUAGGUUGGACUGUUGGAUGGUUGUUUCCCUUCUAG